GUCAGGGUCAGGGUCAGCCGGUGGCUUGCGUCCCGGGACAUGCAUGCUUCAGUUGAGGGAUGUCCGUCCAAUCGUCACAUGCAGCGAUCGUGCGUGUUGGCAAGCCCAUGGGAGAUGCGAUGCCGGAGAAGAAGUGGUCCAGAACAGGAUACAAGGUAUCACCACCUGACAAGUUCCUUCUCUACUGUGAAGGGGAUCAGUGAUGGCCGCCCCCGCUGCCGCCCGCGGCCGCGCGUACGAGGACUUCGUGCCGCCGCACAACAUGGUCACCGAGCCGGCGACCCACACCCUCUCCGUCGAUCUCACCGCCGCAGGGUACAAGAAGGAGCACAUCAGGGUGCAGCUGGUCCGCAGCCACGGGCUAGUGGUCGUGCGCGGCGAGCGCGCCGUCGCGGGCAACCGCUGGAGCCGCUUCCGGCUGGAGUUCCGCGUGCCCGACGGCUGCGACCUCAAGGGCAUCCACGCGAGGUUCGAGGGCGGCGUCGUGCGGGUCACCAUGCCCGGGCUAAGGACGGGGCCUGCGGCCGCGGUCGGCGACGUCUCCGGCAAGCAGGUGCCCCCGGCGGCCAAGGCCGAUGCUUCCGGCGUUCGAGCAGGAGACAAGGAAGAUGAGAACGUGCAGAAACAGCCGGUGGAGGAGCGCGGGGCCGACGCGGUGAAAGAUAGUGGCCGCCUUGAUCAAGGACAAGGUACCCCUGCCGACGGCGUCCAAGGAGUGGAGGCACCGGCGCCGGCGUCAGGCCGCGGAUACAGCUACCUCCCUGAACGGAGAAAGCUUGUGACCAGCGUGGUUGGCGCGGUGCUCGUCCUGUUUAGCCUUGGCAUCUACGUCAGGUACAGCUUCGGCCCAUGAGCUGAGGCAAGAGGUGUUAACUACUCGACGUCAUUCUCUCUCUCAAAAAAAAAAACUACUCGACGUCAGAUGAGCGAUGAGCCUAAACGAUUUGCCGCCAAAACAUGUGCAAGUGCGAUAGUGCUAAAAGCGAUGCUCGGGUUGACUCAAUUGUAUCCUAAACCUGAACUACAGCUGCUUAAGAUUCAUGAAUCAUGACGGCUCCGUUAAUCUGGUACCAACAUGUACAACUUUUAUUUCA